AUGAACGUGAGACUGCUUGCGCUACUGGGCGCGGCACUGGCGGCGCACACGGCGUCGGCCGUCACCACGUGCCCGGUGUCCGUGCAGAGCAAGACAACUUCGACGCUCACACACCCCAUCACCAAGGUGGUGUCGUCCACCUCCAGCGGCAGCGGUAGCGAGGCCACAUCCUCGUCCUCUGGAUCGGGAACCAACUUCUCGGACGCGGGCAGCCAAGGCUCACAGAACGCAGACGUUGGUAGCAGCUCCUCAGGCUCAUCUACUUCCACGACUGCCGGCUCUAGCGGCGGCACUUCCACCGGCACCGGCACCACCACAGGCAGCGAUGAUUCUACUGGCAGUGCUGGCGUCCCCACGACGACUACGACGCCCUCAUCUACCACUAAGACCCCGUCGACCACCACAGCCUCGCCGUCCACCACGACGACUCCUAGUACCACCACCGGAAGUGCGUCUACUACUACAACGACGGGAUCGGCGACGACUGCUCCCUCUACGGAUACUACGGCGACGGUCUCGACGUCUUCGGGAUCGUCCGGCACUGCGGCAGGCACCACCGCUUCCUUAUCGCUUGGUGUGCGUAAGCUGCAGGCCACUACAACUACAACUACCGGCACUACAGGCUCGACCACAGGUACGACCGGAACGACCGGCACGACAGCCACAACCGGCACGACAGCCACAACCGGCACGACUGGAACGACGUCGACUACCGGAACGACUACCGGCACUACCGGCACUACCGGCACUACCGGCACUACCGGCACUUCGUCGACGACCGGAACGACUUCGACGACCGGAACGACUUCGACGACUACUACGACAGCAGGUUCUAGCUCGACAACUGGUACGGUGGGCUCUAGCUCCUCGGAAUCGGACGUGCUGACUUGCGACAGCACCUUCUACUCCCAGUGGGACACCCUCGGCCUGACGUGUGGUGGCUCCGGCAUUGACGUGGACUCGGCCGUUUCGGCCUCUAGCUGCGUGAUUUACAGCGGCUCCGUGGGCUCUACUUCAGGUUCCACGUGUGUUUCUAUCUGCUCAUUUCCAGCUUGCACGAACAACGCGUGGGUCUACGGCGCUGACAACGGCAUCUCGUCGUCAGUUUACGAUGGUUUGAGCAUUGAGUCGUUCCUAACCAGCGACAUCAUCGCAGCGUUGGAGGAACGUUCGUCCACUGUCUCCUCGUUCCUAUCGAACUCGACCAUGUCGAACUCGGAGCAGUGCACGUACUCUUCGGAGUCCUCGUUCUCCUCGUGCACGUGCUCGGCUAUGCUGGUAGACAUAGACAGCUCGGGAAGUGUAGCCGACGCGGCCAAGAAGCAACAGCGCGCACAGGAUGAGGCCGAUGGUGUUAUUACCAAGGAUAACACGACUACGACUGGCUCGGUGGUGGCUGCCACAUCAAAGAGCGUUGCUGGUGUGACUGUUGCUGUUACUGGUAUCGCUGCUAUUGCCAGUACCGCUGUGGGUGGCGUCAGCUCUGCCGGUGCUUCGCUGGCAGCUGCAGGCUCUACGAUGGCCAUUACGACGGUCGAGAUCUGCCAGUUCGGUGUGCUAGUUAACCAGCUGCAGCUUGACGGCAAGUCAUCGGCUCUGGCACAGUUCGGUAAGGCAAUGGCCCCCGCGGCGUUCACGUUCCUACCCUUCGGCAAGCUCGACGAUUCUGAGUCGGACGGUAGCAGUUCAGGCAGCGGCAGUGAGUCUAGCAGUGGCAGUGUCUCCGGUCGUCGUCUGGAGGGCUCAAGCGCAAGUGGCAGUGGCAGCUCCAGCAGCACAAGUCAACUCACUGGCAUUGAGAGAUACUCUCGCCAGCUGAACAUCAAGGAAGACAUGCUGUUCAUUGUGACGCUGGCUGGUGUGUUCUGUGUGAUGGCGUCCGUGGUGGGUCUAUUUGGUAUCGGCUACCUGCUCUCCGGUCUUAUGAUGCCUCGUGAGGAAUACCUGACCAAGUUCUUCGACAAGAUGAUCGGUCUUGAGGUGCUUGUGGCUAUCUUGUCUCAGUAUACUAUCGGUGUGACGGCCACGUUCCAAAUCUACUACUCGACCAAGUACGAGAGUAUCACUGACCCCAAGUGUCUACUGGCUAUCGCUGCUAUUCUGUUCUUGGCUGCUGGUAUUCUCGUGUAUGGCUACAUUGUCAUCAAGAAGCACGAGGCUGAGAUCACGGAUGUGGGUACAGUGCAGCAUCUGAAGAAGACCGUCAACAUGCGUUAUGGUCCUCUGUACGAAGAGUACAAGUUCAAGAACCGCUACUUCUUCGCCGCCAAGAUGAUGCUUGCACUGACAACCGGUGUGAUCACUGGCUGUGCUAGCAUGUCCGGUAAAGUGCAGGUGUCGCUUAUCCUUGCGUUGAACGUGCUGUUCUUCUUCUACCUGGAGAUCCAGUCGCCCCACCAUUCCAAGUUCGUGCAGACCACCACGAGUUUCGUGUCCAUCAUGAAGAUCGCUGUGCUCGUGCUGACGUUCUUCCUGAUCACUGCCGCUACCAGUGACGGCUUCCCCACCAGUCUGCAGAACGGCAUCUCGGUGGCCAUUGUGGGUCUUAAUCUGUUCGUGUUGGCUCUGCUCAUGAUCCGAUCGCUGUACACGUUUUGGCAGAAGAUGAAGCUGCAACGCGACGCUGCGUACGACCAGGAGGAGCAGACUGCGCAGGAUUACUUUAAGGACGAGACCCCCGCUGGAGCACGCAAAGAUCGUGCCCCCAGCAACCCCCAGAUCCCGUCAGGCCAGCCUGUUCUCCAGUCUCAAUACUCGAACGUCAACACGAACAACAACAGCCCGUACGUCCAGGGUAACGCCACCGUGGACUACAAUAGCGCUGACGAGAUCCGCUUGCGUUCGGCGACACACGAGAAGGACGAUCGCCAGCAGACUUACGAUGCCAGUCGUACUUCGGCUGCCAACCACUACAUCACUCAGGACCGUAACACGUAUGGCCAGCGUCGCAAUGAUGUUGUGGAGCUGUAG